AUGCCGAAACGCAAAUCUACAGAAUCAAUCCAGUCGUCAGCCUCAGGCAAGAAGACCAAGGUGGAUGGAGACGUGGCUCGAAUUUCCAAUAUGAACCCCUCGUUCUACCAGAGUGGAUCUGGCACGACGUCAGUCCCGCCACUGCAACAGAAUCUCAACAAGAUCUUCGACCAAUACCGUGACAACCCCAGAGAUGCACCGGACAAGAUUGGCAUAGAAGGGGCGCAGAAAUAUCUCACAGACCUCGAUGUCGAGCUGGACGAAGUUGCCCAUCUUGCGAUUUGUGACCUUCUGCAAUGUCCUUCCAUCGGCGAGUUUGACCGCGAACCCUAUGUUUCCGGCUGGCGAAGCGUUUCUACAGGCGACAAACCAUAUGACAGCUCGUCAAGACAGGCACAAUAUAUCGACGUGAUCCGGAAGAGACUCUCAACCGAUUCGAACUACUUCAAGCAGGUUUACCGGAAUGCAUUCAAGCUUGCAAAACCAGAAGGACAACGCAGUGUACCAAUGGACUCAGCAAUCGAUUUCUGGAACAUGUUCUUCCGCCAAGGCAAGGGGGGCAUUGAAUGGAAUACAGCCUCGACCAAGUGGUUGGAUCUUUGGUGUGAGUUCUACGAGUCACAGAUCAAAAGACCGGUCAAUAAAGAUUUGUGGAACAUGGUCGGCGAGUUGGUCACGAGGACAAGAGAACCCGGUGGUGAGUCCUUCGACUGGUGGACGGAGGACGGCGCCUGGCCCAUGGCUAUCGACGAAUAUGUGGGAUUCAUGAAGAAGAGAAGCGGUGACGGCGACUCUAUGGAUACUAGCUAA